AUCCAUUCAAUCCUUGUUGAUUCAAUCCGUUGAGCAGAAAUAGCUGAAUGAAGAGCUAGGAUGCAGUUAUUAAAAAUCGGAUCCGAGUUUUUGAGAUCGCAAACACGAUGAUUGGGCAGCAACAAGGAAUGCAGAAGAAGCGACAAUAGUAGAGAGCAACGAUAAAAUUCUCUUUGUUUGAAAUUUGAAAAUCUAUACAAACUUCUUUCAAAUAAAAUUCGUCAAACUUCUCCAGGAAAAUGGAUAAUUUUGAGUUUAAGUUUGUGUCUGCGAUGCAGAUGGAAAAAGUCAUAGAGCAAGUUCGACAAGCUCGUCAAGACAAGGAGGACGACCUGAGGCUGCAAUUCAUGCAGUUAAAAUUAGACAGCCCAAAGUCUAAUCUGAAGAAAACUGACCCGUCUUUUGGUCAAACGCUCGCGACCACUUAUGAAAGUGAUCAAAGCUCUGAAGAAUUGUCUUCAAGUGAUAACCAAAGCACAUACUCGACCAGUAGUAAUUCAAGCGAUUCUGCAUCAGACUCGGAAGAAAAGCAGAGUGAUAAAGUGGUUUCCGUGAAAUCAAAGUCAACCAAAGGGAGCGUGGCACCUGUUCAACCUGAGAAACCCAAAUUUGAUCACCAUCAAACAGUUUUGGCCAUCAAGAAAUCCCAGGCCGCUCUAAAGAGUGUGCUGAGGGCACUUUUGGAAAAGUCGCUGAAGGGAAGCGAUGCUGAAAAUGCUGAAUUGGGUUCACCCAGGGCAGAAGAGAAACGGAGAGUCAAGCUGGCCGAGUUUCGAGCCAGGAUGAGAAGGAAUUACAUCUACACCCUGAAAAUAGAGGUUGACAAGCUAAACCCUCUCAUACAAAGGAUGAGCACGAACAUUGCCAGAAACACAGCUAAGCAAUCUGCUUUUCGUAUGCUGAGCCGUGCCUUAAGUAUUGCUAACCAAGGACUCCAAACCUACAUGAAUCAAACUGCAUUGAGACGAGAUUUCUUAGCCACCCUCACUUUGCUGGAAAGUUUUCUCGAACUUGCAUCUCAGCUCGACGAUGCCCUCAGGUGCCUGGAAGUGGAGGAUGACGAGCUGAUACAUUUGCGACUCCAAGUUGCAGAAAGUGUCAAACUUGCUCACUCGGAAGAGUUUGAAUUUGCAACUGCGACACAAGCCACAUCAAUGAAAAACAGAAGAGGAGCACCUAAAAAUCUUGUGCCAAGAAAAAUGAAAAAGACUGCUCCAAAGGGAAAGAAAAACAUAGUGCAAAGAGAAGUGCAGCCCUCACUUACACCACUUCAAAGUGUUCUUAGAGAUGAGGGCACAAUGACUGAAAAAUAUGCACCACUGGUUGAUGUGGUUUCACAAAUGAAAACCAUGACGAGCAAACCAGUAAAUGUGAGAUUCUUGGUGGCUAAGCAUGAUGGAGUUAGCAACACUGAAACUCAGACAGGGGAAGACGCUCUUCAAAGAGAAGCGGAGACGCAAACUGCAGAUUUUGCCGUCCAAUUAGAAGACUCGCAUAAUUGCCGCAUCGAAGGACUGAUUGCAGACGUAUUAAAAACUGGAGUUGCUGAGGAUUCAGACUACCUGGCAGAGAUUAUCGAGGAAGUGAUUCGCCAAGAAUUUCUAUGAGGAACAAAUUCAAUGUGAGCAUUUAUGAAAAAAAAAUGUUCUUUUAUUCUUGAUGCAUGCAACUGUAUUAUUAUGAAAUAUUUUUGGACGCGGCAACACAUAAGCAAAUAAAAGAACAUUUUACUUUGCUUGGA